AUGUGUUAUUUGCUUCUACUUUAUCAUUUCUUAAUUAAGACUGGACUAAGCAUGUCAGGACAAUGGGGAUUCCGUCUAGAAACUAAUCAGCAAUCUGAUGUGAGUGAAGGUCAAAUAGACACUACACCCUACCCAGCUGGUAAUCUCGAAGGAUGUCAACAGCACUUGGCGACUGAGGCUCAUAUUCUUCGAAAUGUGGAAUAUCAAAUCCCAGGAAGAGGAAGUCAAAACAACGAAUACUCUCACAAUAUGCUGUUAACUAGUCUUCAGCAGAGACAACAACAGGUCUCUCCGUCUCAGACUCAACACUUUCGAGAUGCGGAAUAUAAUGCCUCAAGAAGAGAAGGUUUCCCAACUGAACAAACGGUUCCAGUGGUUCCACAACGUUCGGAAUUCGACAUAUUGCAGGAGAGAAUGAGAGAGGAAAACGAAAGAGCUGAAAGGGAACAUGAGGAGAAAAUGAAGAAAAGAAGAGAAGAACGGGCACGAAAAAAAGAGUUGUUGGAGAAGGAAGUUUCGAAUGAAAUGAAACAAAUUGAAUUGAAUGAACAACGGAGAGCCCGUGAAACACAGAUAAAACUGGAAAACGAGAGAAAAGAAUUGGAAAGAGAACUUCUAAACGAUACGAUACAAAAAGAAGAGAAGUAUCAGAACGAAAUUGAGAACCUGAAAAAGCAUGGUGAACAAGAACUGGAAGAAAUGAAGAAGCAACGGCAAAGAGAGAAGUUGAUUCAUGAGAAAGUAGUAAACGAUAAAGAUGAGGAAUUUUUAAAAAUUUCAAUACGACAACAGAAAGAAGCUGAGGCAAUGAAUGAUGAACUGGCUCGUCUACAAGCUGAGCAUAACGAAAGAAUUGGACAAAUAUACAUUGAACUCGAAAAAGAAAAAGAAGAAAUGCAGAGGAAACAUAAAAUAAGAAUGGAUCAGAUGAAACAACAAUGGGACCAGAUUAAAAUGAUGUUCCAAUAUAAAAUAUGGAAUGAAGUGAUUGAGAGGAACUGGGCCAAUCGAUUGAAUGCUUUGAGAUCAUCAACGAAAAAAAUCGUGGAAUUAUUCAACAGGUUUUACAAUAAUGCCCGUGAAAUGCAACGUCACAUUGGAAACCCAGAACUUUUCAUAAAAGAGAAACAAAAAUGUAUCCCAAUGUUGAAUGCGUUAAUCGAAGCCAUCACACCUGAGAUAGAUAUGUUGACUGAGGAGUCAGAAAAUCUGAAUAUUCAAUGGAAUAACACAGGAAAACAUUUUGUUUUUUGUAUCAAAGAAUCGGUGGAGAAAGUUACAUACGCUUGCAAACAAUUCGGAAACGCUUUGAAGGACUACUUGGAUUAUUUGGAGAAGAAUGACUGCGAUUCAUCCGAAGAACGCAGUCUUCAUUUGAAACUAGUCAAGAAAAGAUAUGACAGCUUAUCGAAAUAUUCGAACGAAAUUCCUACAUUGGCAGAAUUGAAACAAAACAACAGUGAUGAGAUGAAACAAGAGCAAACAGCAAAUAUGCACCAUCAAGAUGUUAUUCCAACUCAAUCGGUGAUUAUUGAAGAGAUUGAAUAA